UUUUUUCUCUCCCCAAAACCCUAAACAUUUUCUUUCCCUCCUCUCAUUUUUUUUUCCCACAGCCGCCGCCGCCUCCACGCCGGAGCUCGGAGCUCCGGCGACGCUCCAAAACACCUCCCUUCCCAUUUUCCAGCUCAUCUCCCCAUCUUCAUCUUCUUCGCUGCUCCGGCGAGGAGCUUCAAGCUCCGGUGAAUUGGAGCAGCCACCACGCCACCAAACCACAAGCCCACUGCCCCAUCACAUUGCCACCAUCAUUACAAAUCAACAACACCAACGCCAGCUAACUUCACCCCACGAACCCCCACCCCCAUUCAAAAUAUUCUACUCCAUUACAGAACCUCCAGCCAAGAUACAAAGUUGUUGUGGAAGAUAAGUAGAUAACCGAAAACUCACGCAUUAUUAAGUCACACUUCUUGUUUUAAGUACCUUUAAACGUAUAUAUUGGGUUCUUUGUCAUAUAAAGUUAGUUUUUUUUUUAUUCCGUAGAUGAGAUUAGGUAUGUGUCUGUGGUAUUGAUAAUGCCUUUCUUUACAAGAGAUUAGUGUCAUUAUUUUAGGUGAACCCAAAAGGUGAUUGCACAUAUAUAUAUUUUUUGUCAUCAUUUAUAUUCUACUGGCAAAAAGCAGCUAGCUCCAAUUUCCCCACUAACUUUUUCUCCCUCGUCCCAAUACUAUCAUCUUUGUUUUAUUCCUCAUGUUGUUUUGUGUCUGUCCCUUUAAUGUUCCCAAAUUGCCCAGUCCACUCAUAAUAUUCUUGGAUUUGAUGCAAUAUCUUCACUAUCCAUUUGGGUCAUUUUUUUUCUGCAAGAUAACAUUUUCUUGCAUAGUAUGAGCUUCUCUUCAAGUGUUUGAUUAGCCUAAUAAUGGAUAUUGAAAGUUUGGGCCAAAAUUGUUUGCCAUAUGGGUGAUUAACUUGCUGCCUUGAUUCAAUAUAAUGAUCAGAUGCUACACUUGAUAAGAAGUAGACACUACACUUGAUGUUGCUUGUUAAGAACACUUGAAGGGGCAUAAAUGCUAUGCUCGGUUGUGAAACAGUCGCUGCAUUUUGAAUGUUAUUUGUCUGAUAAAACACUGCUGUAUUUUCGGAUAAUCCGAAGCUACACUGGUUUGAACACGAUACUACAGUAUUGGCCGAUGAAGAAAUUUCCGUCGAUUUCCAAGGCCUUCCAUGUACAAAGACGGGUUUUUAUUUUAAGUUUAUUCAUUAUUUCUUUAAUUCAUCCGAUAGUUAUUUAUUUUCUUACUAACAUUUUUAUUAAGUCUCACGCAGGUAUCCGGAGUUACUUUUUGAAGAUGACACUCAAAAGAAGUUCAAAUAGCUUCUUAAAUUCUCUGUUUAUAUUUUUUACAUUCUUAAAUUAUACAAGCAUAAAAUAUAGUGAAACUUUACUUUUUAGGGUGCAGGUUGGUGGUAUUUAUUUAUGAUCUGCUUAGGUGAUUGAAAUUUUAUGUGUUUUAGACAAAUCAAUAUUAGACAUUUAUUCUUGUAGCUAAUAUUCCUAUAGUUAUCAUGUUUUGCUAGAGUUUUAAUUCAAUAGCUUAGCACACUUAAGUGAAUAAAUAGGGUGAUUUGCCUCAAUAUUUAGGCUUUAUAAUAUACUUUCAUAAUUAAUUGAUUAGGCGUACAUACUUAGCUAGUUAAAUUAGUUAACUCACUUCGAGUGCAAAAUAAUUUCAUGCCCAUUUUUUAUACCUUUGUCACAUACCCAAGCUUCUAAGUUGCACAUAACUUUUUUUUUAAUAAUUAUUAUAACACAUAUGUAUAAAAUACGUAUUGCAUGAUUAUUUAUGUGAAUAUUCAUAUUAUUCUUUAGUCUAAAUUCUAUUAAUUUUUGUAAAUAAUAAAACCUUUUUACACAUCCCUCGUAUAGUUAAAUUGGUUCAGCCGGGAACCACAUUUGUGGAUUCUGAAGGAUGCCUAACACCUUCCCUUCGGAAUAAUUUGAACCCUUACCUAGAAUCUCACUUAUUUUCAUAGAUCAUGUUAAGCUGCAUAUAUUAAUAAUUUAUAGGUACCCUAGUAUACCUUAAAUGCUAGGUGGCGACUCUGUACUUAAUUAAUUAUUUCAGAGCUCCAUAAGUUGUGCUUUGUUUAGCCUUCGGUAAAAAUAGGGUGCAACAACCGCUCUCGCUCCACUCUCGUUCUCCGGCAAAGACCUCAGAGUCUCUCUGUCACUCUCAAUCUCGGGCAAAGACCUCGGAGUCACUCGAUCACUCUCAAUCUGCGAACAAAGACCUCGGAGUCACGUGAUCACCCUCAACCUCUGACAAAGACCUCGGAGUCACUCGAUCACUCUCAAUCACCAUCAAAACAAUAUAAGAGCAAUAUGGGAAGAAAGUCAUGCAUGAUAUCAAUCUCAACCAUAUCACCAAUAAACAAUCAACAAGUACAAGUCACAUUACUAUCCAUGGUGCAAUUGUCAAUAAUACUCUUCCCUUUCAUGUGAUGAGUGAGCUAGUACGUAAUAGAGAUACAAAUAGGUGAUAAUUACUGAAAAUACACAUAUGCCGACAAGCCCACAUAAUAGCUAACAGAACCAAUCUAAUUGGAAUUCACCUCCACUUCAUGCCUGAAGGCCUAUCAUGCUAUCCCCGUCAUCUUCUACAACUACAUAUGAUUUUCUAAUCAGAGUCUAGCUAAAGUAAGACAUAACCUACCUCAAUACUGAACAGGUACCACGAACCUUCAUGCCAAAGCUUUACACUUCUGAAGUGCUUCCGAACGAUCGAAUUCUAACAAACACAACUUUUUAUAUUAAAAUAUUAAUCUAGGGUUACUCAAUAUGAAAUAAAAGGAUUUGGGUCCGAAAAAUCAACCCUAAAGCCCAAAUCCCUAACCUGAAGAUCCAAAAAGGUAAAAAGGUAAUUUAUUGCGAUAUUGCACUCAACAAGAUCAAAUUGUGGCCUACACGAUCAUACAAAACCUAUUAAUACCCAUAUUGCUAUGCUUUAGUUGAAGCUUAAAAAUGAACUCAAAUUACCAAACCGAAGCCCUAAGGGCAAAAUUGGAAUAUGAAAAUAAAAUUUGUUUACCCAAAGUCUCUAAAUAGUAGGAAUCUUGAAAAAGGUUGAAACGCAUUCACAAAUUGACCUUCAAUUUGAUAAUUUACUUGAACACCCAUUUCCAUAGAAAACCCAAUUCCUAAGAUCAAAUCAUGAUUUCUAUGAUGAAAUUCUCACUACUAAAAAAUCAGCGUUUAGUGACGGAAUAUUAGCGACAGACCAUAUUCUGUCGCUAAUUAACGACGGAUUAGCUACGGAUUUCUCAUUUUGUCGCAAGAAAAGCAACUAAAAUUUUAUCUCAUUAUAUAGUGACGGAUUAGCAACGAAAACUGAGUUUCGUUACUAAUAAUUAGCGCGAAAUUUUGGCGCCUUAAAUUUCACUACAGAUUUAGCAACAGAAGAGGCGUGACAAAUUUUAUUUUUAAUUAGCGACGGAUUCAGCAACGAAAUAUCCGUCGCUAGGCCUUUAAUUUUUCUACAAAAAAAUAUAUAUUUGCAGCAACGGAAUAUUUUGUCGCAAUAUUAAUUAUUAAAAGAAAUGAAUGUAUUAUUUAGCGACGGAAUAUAAAAUCCGUCUCUAUUCCGUCGUUAAAUGUAAAAAAAAAAAAAGAUAUCUCCUAGCUAGGGUACACAUUAUUUCAUUUCCAAACACAGCAGCCAGCACAGAUAGAGAGAUAGACUGCGAAAUUGCUAACAUAGAGAGAGAGAGCACAACAUAGAUCAAAAUAAUGUGAAUCUAGGGUUUCUAUUGUGUUUUUCUCUUCUUCUACUGCAACUUUUAUCUAAAGGAAAGGUAUGUUUUGAUUUUUCUAUGUUUUAUGGGCAGUUUCUUUCUUCUUUAUCUCCUUCUUUGUAUUUUCUGACAUUAAAUCUAUCUGUGUUUUCUUGCUUAUUAUCUAAAGGGCAGAGUGUCUUUAAGUAUUUUUUUGGGCUAAAAUCGAAGUUGGGUGUGUUGAAAACUGUUGGGUUUAUAAUUUAUUUGAAGGUUAAGUGUUGGGAAUCUCUAUUUCGGCCAAAAUAUGAUGAAAAUGGAAAUUCGACUUUUGUUUGUGCAAAAUCUUGUAGGAUAAUAUUAUUUGGUGGUUAAAGUUUGUUUUAAUUCGUUGCAUGUCGAGAAAAAGCUUGAAGAACUCAACAUUCUUUAUAUUCUGUGAUUUGAAAUCAGUGUUAGUGAACUGGGUUUCUUACUCGAUUUUUUUUGUUUCAGUUUGUCAUUUUUUUUAACUAAUAGGUGAAUGAUAUUUUCUGUUUCAAUAAGUUAUUUCAGCUUGUUCUUCUCUCUUAGCAGCAUUUCUCAUUAGCAAAAUGUAUCGUUUUGUAGCAAAUCUUUCUUCCAAAACCAGAGUGGCAAGAACCAACACCCAACAAAUUGGUGGAAGGUUAAAUUGGAGUAGAAGUUAUGCUGCAAAGGAUAUUAGAUUUGGUGUUGAAGCUCGAGCUGCAAUGCUUCAAGGUAUUGAAGAACUUGUUGAUGCUGUUAAAGUUACUAUGGGUCCAAAGGUCGUUACAGAAGAGCUUGGACUGAGCAUUGAAAAUAUGGACUUCGAGAUGCUGGGUACAUGUAAAAAGCUUAUUGCAAACAGAGCAGCUGAAAUUCUUGGCCAUAAGCGGGGCGAAAAGCAUGUGCACCCAAACGACCAUGUGAACAGAUCACAAUCUUCAAAUGACACAUUUCCUACUGUGAUGCAUAUUGCUGCUGCUAUGGAGAUAAAUAAAAGAUUAGUACCAAACUUAAAACAGUUGCAUACUUCACUACACUCGAAGCUUGCACAAGGAGGCACAGCAGUUGGAACAGGAUUGAACACAAAAAAGGGGAAAGAUAUCAAGAAAUAUUACGGGAAAAAUCACAGUCUCAGUCUGAUAUUGAUCAAUGUGAAGCAUAUUACGAAGCUGCUGGGGGAACAAGGAAGAGAAGAAUAUAUGGUCUUGGAUCUCAAGCACAAAGUUAUCUGCUUUUUGUUGGAAAGAACAAAAUUAUGCACUAACAAUACUUGAUGGAUGUGUGGGUUCUUUUGGUAGUUGAUAGCUUGGUGUUGUCGGUGUUUUGGACUUAACGAUUAGGAUUUCGCUAUCUAUUUUGAAUCUUUUUUAUAAAUAUUAUUUUAUGUGAAUGUCAGUUAUUUUUAAGGGUA